AGGUAGUGAGUGCAGCACUGUGAGCUUGGCAGGCGGCUGCACUCCUUCUUUCUCUCUCUGCCGGGGAUGCUCUGAGGGCUGAGCUGCAGCCUCAGGGAGGGGCUUCUCCUGGGCUGAUGGUCCUGGGUUUAAGGGACUACCUGUGACAGCAGUACGAGGCAUGCUGGGAAAACCCAAACACCUGAGUGUCCAAAAUGGCCGGAUGGGCCUGGCUGUGUCGGAUGGGGAGUUAAACAGUUCUGGGACUCGGGGCAGUAACAACAGUGUGGCCAGCCUACCAAGUAACCAGAGCGCCACCCAUUCCUUGGGGCAAUCAGUAGCCCGCUGGGCUGAGUCCUUUGAGACACUGCUGCAGGACCGACUUGGUGCUGCCUACUUCACAGAAUUCCUGAAGAAGGAAUUUAGUGCUGAGAAUGUGUAUUUCUGGCAAGCAUGUGAACGGUUUCAACAGAUUCCUGCUAGUAGCACCCAACAGCUGGCCCAGGAGGCUAGGAGGAUCUAUGAUGAAUUCCUGUCAAGUCAUUCAGUAAGCCCAGUAAACAUUGACAGACAGGCCUGGAUUGGUGAAGAGAUGUUGGCUGCACCUACCCCUGACAUGUUUCAUGUCCAACAGCUCCAGAUUUUCAACUUGAUGAAGUUUGAUAGCUAUGCACGAUUUGUCAAGUCUCCUCUGUACCAGGCAUGUGCAAGGGCUGAAAGCCAGGGACAGCCUUUGCCGGAGCUGAGACCCCACUCUCGGAGCGGCAGCCCCCCAUCUGAUCAUGGAAAGAAAACAAUGCUAAAGGCUGGGAAAUCACUGCCUCUGGGUGUGGAGGUGGCUGGCAACUUGGGCAGUAGGAGUCCUAGGAGAUCCUUCCGGAAAGCAGACCGUAGGGAACGUCCCUGGGGAGAUGAGAGAAAUGGGAGUGAGGGGCCAUCCCUGUGGCGCGAAUCCCAAGGCUCUUUGAAUUCCUCUGCUAGCCUGGACCUGGGUUUCCUGUCAUCUUAUGCAACCAGCAGCUCCCAGACAGAGAGCCACAGGAAGAGCCUGACUGGUCCAGAAGCUGACAAUCAAAACCAACCUGUCAAAUACUGUUGUAUUUAUCUUCCUGAUGGGACUGCUUCUCUAGUUCCUGUGCGUCCUGGCCUCUCCAUCCAGGAGAUGCUGGAGGGAAUUUGCCAACGGCGUGGCUUCCACUUGCCUGAUAUCAAGAUCUAUCUUGUAGGGAAUGAGAAGAAGCCGCUGGCACUGAACCAGGAUAGCUUAGUUCUGAUGGACCAGGAGGUGAAGCUGGAGACCAGAGUCACCUUUGAGCUGGAAAUCACGCCCAUAAACAAAACCGUGCGCAUUAUGGCAAAAUCUACUAAGCAACUGAAAGAGGCAUUGAAUCCCAUCAUGGGGAAGUACGGCCUGGAUGUUACACGGGUGCUACUGCGGCGGCCUGGUGAGCUCCAUGCUCUAGACUUGGAGGAGAAGGUCAGCACAGUGGCUUCUCAGAAGCUUGUACUGGAGUCAGAUGCAGAGGUGAAACCUGCUGGUGAUAGUCAUGCUAUAACAAGCCCAUCUCGAGGGCAGAGUGAGGAUAAUAGCUCUGUAGAGUUAGAAUCUGAGGCAGAGUCACUCUCAGAGAUGCACUGUUCCUUUACCAGGCCCACCAGGAGUAACCAGAACCGACGCACAUAUGACCUGGAAGGGUUAGUGGAGCUGCUGAACCGGGCACAGAGCUGCAGAGUCAAUGACCAGCGUGGGAUCCUGUCCAAAGAGGAUCUAGUACUACCCGACUUCCUUCAGUUGCCUGAACAAGAUGGCGUCUCUUAUGAGAUCCCAUCCUCAUCCAACCCUGAUCUAGAGAAGACAUGCACACCGGAGGCCCCCAUCGCUGUCUCCCAGUGUCAGCCCCAGGAGCAGUCAGAGACUCAAGCUUCCCCCUCGAAGCGGAACGCAGGAUGUCCAUCAUCACCAGGCGCUGCUGGGCAAACAUCAGCCAUGUGA